UGAGACUUCUGGCAACACUGAUGUCAUAACUUUAUUUUGCUGCAUGGAUUUCUUGAUUUAAUUGAACAAAAAAAUAACAAACUAAAAUGAAUGCAACACAACUGCUUAGACCUUUGCAAUUAAGCAACCUAGUUUGCCGCACCUAUGGCAAACACAACAAGAAGUUUCUCUACAAGGAUGGCAAGAAAUACGAGAAUAUCAUAUACUAUCCCAGAACGUCUGACCAUCAGGAUCCAGCCAUUGAGCCGGCGAAACUGUUUCGUGUACAACGCAUCAAGCCCGUCAAGGGAAACCCCUAUUGGGAGAAACGACUGCUUAAGGAUCUGGGUCUAGAUGGCAAACAAGGCGAGUUUACUGUAGUCAAAAAUAUACCCGAGAACAAUGCCCGAUUAUGGAAAAUCAAGCACUUGAUUAAGGUUACCCCAAUUACAUUUCCCUAUGGUGAGCCAAGUGCCGAAGAUGUUAAAUACACGAUACUCAAGGAAAAUGGCGAAUGCCUUGUGAUCAAAGACAUUGGACCCGUUGAGAAGCGCAUGGAUGCGCGAGAAUCGUUCGAUCAGCAGCCCAAGAGAUUGGAUACUGACCUCCUACGUAAAGACGCCAGACUUAAGUGGUUAAAUCCUUGGUAAAAUAAACAAAACCAACAAUUGUUUUUAUUA